AUGGCGAUGGCAGUACUCCGUAGACGCUACGGCAUUCUUCAAAAUUGGCACAUGGCCCUGCCAGUGGUCCUCUUCAUGGCCGCAUCUGGACAAAUGUGGCGACAACAGCGUUUAAUUCAGUCCAGUCUUCUCCUGGGACAUGCCGCGGUGAAACGUGCCCUCUCUCAGCCGGGCCUUGCAUCGCGUCCGUGGAACAAGGCAUACGGCAGUGAGGCCGGUGUAGAUGCCGGGGCCCUCGGAAAGAAUGGCGUACCGACCCCCAAGACGAGCCGUCUUCAACUUGGGCUUUGUGUGAUGAUGAUGAUGAUGAUGAUGAAGGUCCCAACUUUGGACUCGACUUGUGCUAACUCUAAAUGGGCAAGGUGUCGUUCAUUGGCCACGGUCCAAUGA